AUGGCCGGCAUCAACCCUGAACACCCUUACGCAGACCCAUACAUUUAUGCCAGUUCCGAGGAUCCAGCGGACCCCCAGAUACGGUGCUCUGCAUGCAACAGCCGAACGCUGGCCGACUACCGAGGCCACAUCAAGACAGCCGCACAUCGCAACUCAGUUCAGCGGCUUCUUCAGCGACAGAUUGAUGAUGAAGCCAUGCUGGCCGCCAUCCAAAACCCACCAGUUUCAUCGAUGGAACACCCCCCAAUCGAUGACCCAGAGGAACAGGACGGCCAUCAACCUGACUAUCCAGACCCUGAGUCUCCGGAACGACCUCUCACACCUCUCUCGUUUCUUCGAGAUCACAAUGGCCACGCCCUGUCGGAUUCGGAAUCCGACUCUGGCCAAUCCGACAACCUUUUGGACUUUCAAAUGCUCCGUCAAGCCCUAGAAGCCAUGGACAACCUGCUCGACCAGGAGAUCGAAGAGGAGGAUACCAAUGCUUUGGACAUAGACGACAACGUGAAGCCCGUUGAAGCAGAUGUUUCCAACGGCUGGUACCCAUUCACCAACAAAGAGGUUAGGCCGAAGCAAGACCAGGGCGCGGUUCCGGCGUGUCUGGAACGUUUGGCAUCGGAUGCAGAUUUGGAACAACUCCAUAGUGUCACUUUGCCCUCUCGCCAAAAGAUUGAGCCCCAGGACUUCGUCGCCGUGAAAGGCGAAGGCCUCAUAGGGCAGGUCGUUUCGUUGUGGAAACCCGCGGGGGAAUCAUCCUCCAAGGUGAUUCUCAUUCUUGCCAAAUGCAACAAGGGCCGCAUUGUCCCGUUUUACGGAAUGCGAGAGUUUAUCGUUUCGGAGGUCACGUUCCCGUGUGACAUCAAGCUCUUUGACCCUCGAAUUGACAUCUUUGUUCCGAAGAACGUCGUUUCCCUCAUUAACAUGCAGCACAACUGCCAUGAUUGUCAUUGCACUGUUACCUCGACCCUCUCGAAAAAGAUUGAAAGGCGAGCAACCCGGAUUUCGGUGCCCACAAUGAAACACGAGGCGCAUCAAUCUUACAUCCUUAAUUCAGCGUCACAUUACUCUGCCGAACUACAUCAAAAAUUAGGGGACCUGCAAGUUAAUGCCAUCUCGCCUGCGCAAUGGAACCAAUCGAUUGCAACCGGCCUGGCGAAGUGGAAAGCCACUCCCCGUCCGGUUCGAAAGAAAAGGAAACAGUCACCAGGUGCCGAUUCUCCAACCUAA